UGUCAGAGAAGAGGAAAUCCAGCUUAAUCGCAUCGCAUCGGCCCGUGGAAAUUUGGGGUUUUCUUAGGAAAUUAUAGUUUUCCUAAAUCAUUAUGAAAUUUAAUUCUAUAAAGCGGUUUUUCCCCUUAUAUACUAGCUUAAUACUGAUCAUAUUUUCGAGUGCUGUGUCGCCUGGGGCAAAUGAUUUACACUUUUAUGAUGGUGUUUCUACAGCCGACGUUAUAUUUGGUGACGUGUUUUUCGAAAUAUUAGAUCCUCCCGAACUUAGGUAUUCCUAUAGGAUCAGGCCAGCGAAAGAUUUUGGUACACCGUUCAAUGAGAGUAUACAAUUCCAGGAUGCUCGUUUGGUUCCUACAGUACCUCUGCAUAGCUGCUCUGACAUAGUUAACCAUGAUGACAUUGUCGGGCAGAUUGCAUUGUCAGAAAGAGGGGAAUGUUCAUUUGUAUUCAAAACGGCAAAAGCUCAGCAGGCGGGAGCAAGAGCCAUUAUUAUAACAGAAUCUGUAGACAAAUGGGAUGAUUCACUAGAUCAUCUAAUAGAGAUGGUUGACGAUAAAAUGGAGCUAGAUGUGAACAUACCAGCAGCAUUUCUACUUGGUCGGAGUGGUGCCACAAUACUCCGUACAUUAAGAAAAUUAAAGAAAAGCUAUGCAGUAGUCAAUCUGCCAAUAAACAUGACACAUGUGCCAAUUAGUAAAAUGAAUCAACCUCCUUGGAUUUCAUGGUAAUCUUGCACUUCCUUAAGUAGUUUUGAUGUGAUUUUCCAAUAGUUUUCAUUAUAGCUCUUGUUAAACUUAAUAAAUACUGUAGCUGUUGUAUGAAGAAAAGCUAGACAUUGAAUGAACCAAUCCAUCUAUUUAAUAUGUCACUUAUUGCUGUAUUGAAUUGAUAAAUGAUAUAAAAUAUAAUAUGAUUUAUUAGGAGGGUUGUGUAUCACCUGUCAAGUUUUCAAUUUUGCUUAUACUUAUUUUGGAUCGACAAUUGAUCAGAUACAUCAGCUUUUUAGUGUAUUUUUUUGCUUUUUGUACUUUCAUUUCAAUAAGAAUAAAUUAUUUAUGUUAUGAAUAGACUUCCAUCAAGACUUACUGUGUGAAUACAAAAUGAUUCUAGAAUAUUAAAAUGAACAGUUCUAGUUAUAAUUUACCAAUCAUUAGUUUAUAUAUUUUUUUGUAUAUUUAGUGCUUUGAGUGCAGUUUGCAACCAAAAAUAAAGUACAAAUUAAUUUUGUUAUUUGUUAUGUAGUCAUAGCUGGUACUUUUGUACAACCUAUCUUAAUUAAUAGUUUUUUAUGUAUCAAAUUCAAGUGAAAAACUAUACAAAAACCUUGAAUGUUGAUGUCAAAUUGUGAAGCCAGUGUAUUGUUAUUAUUUAUUACCAUGAGUAUUAUCAUAUAAAUAGAAAUAGAAAGUCAUUUGCAUCUGAAAUGAAUCUUAUGUAAAUAUUGUUUUUUUAGUUUUGUUAUUAUCAUCACUUGCGCAAAUACUUGGUUGGUAGGUAAAUGAUAUUAAAUAGAAUGUUACGGCUUUGGCUUCGUAUUUAUUUUUGCAGCAGAGCUAGCAGGAUUGUUGCUUGAAUGUUAAUCAUUUUGAUUAGGUGUUUGACAAUAACUAUAUGUUUAUUUAGUAACUUUAUGGUGAUAUAAACAAAGACAGGAUAUUGUAAAUAUUUAGUUUUAGUGUCCAUUAGAUUUAACUGACAUGCCAAAUCAUUAUUUUUGUGUGAUUGCUUUAUUUAUUUGCAGCUUUUCAGUAUCAUUAUGUUGUCAGGGUAUGGUUCAUUUAUAAUUUUAUCACAAUAGAUAGAUGUAUCAAUUAGUUUAUUAUUAAGGGUAGGUGUUUAACUUACAAGCAGAAAAUGUUUGCUAUAUUCUGAGGGCAUUUUCGUCCCAUUUAGAAGAAAGCCUCUGAAGUUUUUUUUUUGGUUUGAUAUCACAAAGAUAAUUGAAUAAUUGUUUAUGCAAUUUCUCUGCACCACAUGUAAACAUUUACUGUUUUAAUCUCCAUUUGUAAUAUUACCUCAAUUUAAUACAGACAUGACUAAUUUUAAUUACAUAAUGUAAAUAUUAAUUAAAGGAGCAAUCUUAGUGAAUAUGCCUUUGCAAAUUAGUCUAUUUUAAUCAAUUGUAGCUAAGAAUUUGCCAGUACUAUUCUCAUUUUUUAUUCUGUUUCUCAUGUAUUCGUUUCGCUCAUUUCAACUCGUUUUUGACAGCAUUCAGAUAAUAUUAAGUUAAUCAUUUUGUUUUUGUUGCUUGUGCUGCUCAGUGAGUAAUAUUUGGUUCGGUAGGUAGUCAUGUUAGUGUUGUUUAGAUUUGUUUGUUUGCAAUUAUUCAUUCAUUUACAGUGGUAUACCACUGUAAUUUCUAUCUAUAAAUAUAAUUUGUGUAAAAUAAUAUGGAGGAAAACCAGAGCUUACAUUUUUUAACACUAUUGGCACCGCAUUGAAACGUUUACAUAUUUUGAAUUGAAAUAUAGCCACAAUUUGAUUAGCAAUGUAUUAAAAUUAAGCCGUUUUGUACCUAUAGAUAGGUAUAGAUAGGUAUACCUAUAGAUAGGUAUAGAUAGGUACGUGUAACAAUAUUUGUGUAACAAUUAAUGUCAACUUUUGCUUCAGGAUUUUGUAAAUAGAUAAAUUAAUUUAUCUUCAAGCAGAGGUGGUGUGAAAUUCGCUUCGAGAUUAAGUAACGAAAAGCAUUCGGUCUUUGACUGCUUAUAAUGAAGAUCUCAUUGUACAUAACGACAUUUAAUAUAUUAUUAUAUAGUAUAAUAUGAAUCAUGUAUCGCUUUUGUAAUUUACUGUGUGAAGUAUUAAAAGUCAUAUAAUAAUA